GGGAGGGGCCCUGAGCGCUGCACUUCCCGCGCGGCUGGGCUCGGAGCAGGCAGGGCGAGGACAGACCAGCCCUGCGAGGCCCAGCGCGCCAGCGGAAGCCAUGGUGCUGGUGGUUCACAUCCUCGCCUGCCUCCUGGGCACAGGCUCGUGGGUGGCCAUCAACGGCAUGUGGGUGGAGCUGCCCCUCAUUGUGCCCCGGGUCCCGGAGGGCUGGUACCUGCCGUCCUACCUCACGGUGCUGAUCCAGUUCGCCAACGUGGGGCCGCUCUUCGUCACCCUCAUGCACCACUUCCGGCCCGGGCAGCUCAGCGAGCCCGGCACCAUCUACACCAUCAUCAGCCUCGGGGCGCUGGCCUGCAUCCUGCUGGCCUUCUUCUGGCAGGAGACCAGUGUAGUGGGGGGCACUGCCCGCAGCACCGCCCUCCUCGUCCUCCUCUUCUUCCUCUCCCUGGUGGACUGCACCUCCUCCGUCACCUUCCUGCCCUUCAUGCUGCGGUUCCGGGCCCGGUACCUGACCACCUACUUCGUGGGCGAGGGGCUGAGCGGCCUGGUGCCCGGCCUGGUGGCCCUGGCCCAGGGGGUGGGGGUGGCCCGGUGCGUGAAUGGCAGCCUGGCGGGGAAUGCCUCGGGCCCGAUGCUGCAGGUGGAGUACCAGCCGGCCCGGUUCUCCGUUCACCUCUUCUUCCUCUUCCUUGGCGGCAUGAUGGGCCUGUGCCUCGCCGCCUUCGUCCUGCUCAACCACCUCCCGGCCGCCCGGCAGGAGCGGGCCAAGGAGCGGUUCCGGGCCCAGGCCCGGGUGGAGGCCGGCUCGGGCCUGCAGGCCGUGGUGGAGGAGCGGCCCAUGAUCAGCCCCACCGAGAGCCGCCGCUGCAGCGGCUCCUUCGGCACCGGCACUUGCUCCUGGCCCCAGGUGGCCUACAUCUUCCUGGUGCUGGCCUGGGUCAACGCGCUGACCAACGCCGUGCUGCCCGCGGUGCAGUCCUACUCCUGCCUGCCCUAUGGCAACUCGGCCUACCACCUCUCAGCCACGCUGGCCGCCAUGGCCAACCCGCUGGCCUGCUUCAUCGGCAUGUUCCUGCCCAACAGGUGUUUGCUGACGCUCGGGCUCCUGGCCGCGGCAGGCUCCGGGUUCGGCUGCUACAUCAUGGCCAUGGCGGUGCUCAGCCCGUGCCCGCCCCUGCUACACAGCUACGCCGGGGUGACGCUCAUCGUGCUGAGCUGGGUUCUCUUCGUGGGCUCGCUGUCCUACGUGAAGCUGAUGAUCGGUAUGAUCCUGCGGGACGAGGGGCACAGCGCCCUGGUGUGGUGCGGGGCCGUGGUGCAGCUGGGCUCCAUGCUGGGGGCCCUCACCAUGUUCCCGCUGGUCAGCGUCUACAGCCUCUUCCGCUCCGGAGAUGCCUGCACCACCCACUGCCCCAGCUGAGCCGCGCAGACCCACCGCGGCCUCCAGCCCGGGGGACUCUGGGCUUCCCCGGGCUCCCAGCUCAGCCCUUGGACCACUAGUCCU